AUGGCGACAGUGGCUGGAUCAUCCACCAAUUCAAGUCCUGGUCAAACACGAGAAGAAUCCGUCCUGGAAACUUUCUUUAUUUUAAUCUCUCAAUUUGCUUAUGAUAAAGCCAAGGAUUUGAUGGAUAAAGAAAAAGAAAGUCACAAGUUAUCAAGUAGUACAUCCUGGGGAACAGUUGUACAAUGUCUGUCUCAGUUUUCUAUAGCAGAGAAAGUUUAUAUGUCUUUAUCUUCACUCGGACAGAAAACUACCAGGUUUAAUCCUAUUAUUGGUAAACCUAAAGAGAACAUCCGACCCCUGUACCAUAUGUUAACACAAGAAUUUAUUCGUAUAGAAGAUUCCAGUCACCAUAGUAACAGUGGAACGCCCUCUAGUGAUAUAGAAAUAUUAUUAGGUCAUCUUUGUGGACAGUUAUGUCAGUAUAUAGCAGCCAAACAAAGCAUGGCUGACUUGUAUCCUUUUACUCAAUAA